UCUGGCGUCCCUCUUUGAUAAGGGCGUCGCUGCUACCAGACUUUAUAAUAGCACGCUGGCGUUAUUAAAUCGGCCAUCUUAAAUUGGGCCGGAAGGGAAAGAACAAGUAAACCUGGACUUUAUAACGUUUCCCUUCAACUGCCAAGUCUCCCGGAAAUUGAGCAGGGGAGAGGAAGUGGAGGGCCCCGACUGCCACUUGGCCUUUACGGCGCUAUCGGAGGGAGAUGAGAGUUGAUAGCGGGUUAGACGGGGAAAGGGCAGGCGGGUUUUCUUCCCGCCUUCUGUUUCCAUGGGUGUAAUUCCUUAUUGGCUGAGGAGGAGUUGAGCUUCGGUAAUGAGGCCUGGUUCGCCUGCCUGCCUGCCUUCCCUCUGAAGAAAGGGGGGGAGCCCCCUGCCUGAGCUGAGUGGGAGCCCAGCUGAGGGGAAAAGGAGAAGGCGGACUCCGGAGCGGGACUUUGAAAAGCGGCCUCUUCGGAGGUUUCCGUGAGUUUCGGCAACAAAGCAAUUGAGCACUUAGUUUUUUCCCUUUUUGCACGAAAACGGGGUGGUCGCCCCGCUUGUCUGCCGCUGAGAAGCUCGGCCAAGGUGCUUGGCCCAUGUGGCUUUAUUCGGAGCCGCGAGGGCGAAUUCCCCUGCUGAGCCGCUGAGCCUGGAGGAGAAGCCGGCCAUGGAUGAUUUUUUAUCCAUCAGUUUGCUCUCCCUCGCUAUGCUGAUCGGCUGCUACGUGGCGGGGAUCAUCCCUUUGGCCGUCAACUUUUCCGAGGAAAGAUUAAAACUGGUUACAGUUCUUGGCGCCGGGCUCCUUUGUGGAACUGCCUUGGCUGUCAUUGUGCCUGAAGGAGUACAUGCACUUUAUGAAGAUCUUUUGGAGGCAAAGCACCAGCCAGUCAGUGAGAGUCAAAAGGUCGUUGAAUCUGAGAAAGCAGAUGUUCCAGAUGUGCAUGAUCAUAACCACAACCAUGACCAUUCAAGAUUACAUGCUUACAUUGGUGUUUCUCUUGUUCUUGGCUUUGUCUUCAUGCUGCUGGUAGAUCAGAUUGGCAGUUCUCACGUCCACACUGCAGAUGACCCAGAAGCAGCAAGGUCGGGCAAUUCCAAAAUUACUACUACACUAGGACUAGUUGUCCAUGCAGCAGCUGAUGGUGUUGCCUUGGGUGCAGCUGCUUCUACAUCUCAGACUAGUGUCCAGCUAAUAGUAUUUGUUGCAAUUAUGCUGCAUAAGGCACCUGCUGCUUUUGGGCUUGUCUCGUUUCUUAUGCAUGCUGGCCUUGAACGAAAUCGAAUCAGGAAGCACUUGCUGGUUUUUGCACUAGCAGCACCUGUUUUGUCAAUGGUAACUUAUCUGGGAUUAAGCAAGAGCAGUAAACAGGCACUUUCAGAAGUCAAUGCCACUGGAGUUGCCAUGUUGUUCUCUGCUGGGACUUUCCUGUACGUUGCCACAGUUCAUGUUCUUCCCGAAGUGGGUGGAAUGGGACACAGCCAUAAACCUGAAUCUGCUGGAGGCAAGGGACUCAGUCGCCUGGAGGUGGCUGCAUUGGUUCUGGGUUGUUUGAUUCCUCUGAUUUUAUCUAUCGGACACCAACAUUAAAACUUGGAAGACCAGCAUUUCCCCCCCUCCCUCAAUCUGAUAUAAGCAGCAGUCAGUUGCUUUUUGUAUUGCUGUCUCUCUUACCCUGGUAACCACCCCGUGUAUGUUAAGGAGUUGGAGAGGAUCAUCAUUUCAACAAGAAAACUGUGGGAAAACUCAAUAUGAGAGAGAGAGAGAGAGUACUCUUCAACAGCUAGUUAAAAAUCCUGCAUAAUUUCUCUUUUCUAAAGAUAUUUUAAUUAUGACUUCCUACCUAUUCUCAGGGAAGCUGGACCUUGGAUAUUAUCUGGGAAGAUCCUUGCAAUUCAUCAUGAAAUCAUAAUCCAGAUAUUCUGUAUGUCAGCAUUCAGAGCUGAUCUCUUGACAGUAUCAUGCUAUCUUCUAAUAUGCAGGAAGAUUGUUCCCAUCUUCCAAAUGUUCAUGCAUUAAUAAUGGCAUGGGCUGACUUAGAAGGAGGCAUCUGGUGAAGAAUAUUUGUGAGGAUGAAGUUGUAGGCAAAAUUUGUAUUAAAGAAGUUUACUAGGAUUCUUGCAUUGAAUUAUUAUGAAAGCACAUUUGUUCCUUGAUUUUAACAGGCUAGACAGUACAGAAGAGAGCCACAUUUAGCAGAAGGUUAGAUUAUUCUGAGCUCUAAGAAAUAUUAUUUUUAUUCAAAUGAAUGCUAGUUUAUUUACAAAAUAUUGCUUUUCAAGUAGAAUAAGGUAAGCCCUGUUCAUCAGACAUCAACAUCAAAAGCAAAAGUGUAAUACUUUCUGAUAUUACUACCAAAAAUCAUUCCAGGUUGUGAGCUUGUAUUGAAUUAAAUGUCUGAAGUCUGUUAAAACUGAGUAUCAAUACACCUCUAGAACACAAUUCUACUCAUCGUAGUGGUUCAAAAAGGUAACUGUAAUUAUUACAAAAAAAACUGUCAAAGCCAUUGUCUUAAAAAAAAAUUAAAUGGUAAAAAUAUAUGUUGAUUACUGGUGCACAGUUUUCUAUAUACUUUAAAUUUUCAAUCAUAUUGUCAAAGUCAUUAAUAGUUAAAAUUUUAUUUAUAAACAAGAUGAAAUAGUGUUUGAGUGAAAUGGUUUUUACUGGACUGGUUUCUCCAUGAGAUAAAUCUGUUCCUUUCCUCAGUAAAUGUUUACAGUCCAGUAAUUAAUGAAACUUCUUUUCCAUGCCUACCUUGCUCACAUAUUAUAUUUCCUUGACAGUGGAUGUUAAGGUUGUUCAGAAUGGUUAUGCUUUAACUGGCAGUUCCUACUUAUUGAGUGACUAUUGGUUGUGCGUCAAUAGACAAUAUCAGUUUUUCAUUACAAAAAAUCUUGCCUUUUAUGAUGGGGGGGGGGGCAUAAUGUCAGUACCAGAAAGGACUUAACAUUAAAUAAUAUAAACAUGACUUUUUCUAAAGGUUUUUUUAAAGCUGAUACUCAACAGACCUAUUGACUGCUAUUCUUUCCAAUAUGUGUUUUAUCAGCUGCGUACAUUUAUAUCAUCAAUAACUGGGAUAAAUCCUCUGUGCUAGUGUGGACCAAGCAUCAUAAAAUGGUGCUAUCAAUUGCCUAGUAAAUCACAAAUGGACCUGCCAGUUGCACUUGAUCUCUAAGAAAGCAUUUCAAAUAUUACAGUUUUAGAAUUUUCUUCUCUUCUGUGCUAGGAGAGAGAAUAGAAACACGUUUGUCAAACCAUGGGACAAAACCCCCAGAUAUACAUGAAUUGAGGUGGUUAAUGUGUCUGUCACGUUUGCACACUUAAUGACUGAAAAUAAAAGUCAUAAAAUGCCAAAUUACCAUUGCUGGGGAAAAUGACAAGAAUGUCUAUUCUUCCAACUAGAAAGUUGGGAAAUAAUGGCAAAAUGACAAGUCACCAAACUUGAUUGAAAUGUCAUUAAUAUAGAAAUAUUUGGAAAAAGAAUAGGGAUUCUGGGAUAAAAUUUUGAGUUGAAAUUGUAUUUUUUUUUAAAAAAAAUUAUUUGAUCAUUGUAUGUAACAGAGAGAGAACUUCAGGAAUUCUGUUUUAAGCCAGACUCAGCUUUAAGUGCUUACUUAUGAAUUUGUGAAAGCAAGUCUGUUAGUUCUAUCUUUCCUAUUUCACUUCACUGGACUUGUGCUCGAUAGGUAGAACUAAAUUAUUAUUUGUAAGGCAAUGGCUUAAUGUGUGACGUUUAUUGCACAAUAAACAUCAUAAGGCACAGGGAAUCAUAAGUACAGGGAAUGCUUGUGGGGCUGAUUUGCUCCUGUGUGGGAGCAAAGGUGCCUUGAAUACUUUGCCAGUAUUUAAUUGCUAACUAGUGUUGUAGCAGUGGUGAGAUAUGAGAAGGGAAUUUCUUAUGAAUAAAAAAAAUUAUGUAGCACAAUUCCAGAAAUUUGAUCUCUUGUAAUACUCUUGUAAAGCUCCAUUUGAGAAAUCUGGAUUGCCCAGAUUUUAAAAAUCAAUGUAAAAUCAUUGCUUUUUGUAGUCUAAUUCUACUCUUCUUGACUCUUAUUACUAAUCCCAUCCAAAUUGUACUCUGAACUUCCCAGUAAACCUGAAAGCCAUGGAUUACUAAAUAGAGGUACAUCAUUAAUACAUUCUUACAAAUGCCAACACUUCCAAAAGUCACAUCAGUUGCAGACUGAGUUAAAAGUGGAAAUGUUUCACUAUGAAUUGUGUCUGUAUGCAACAUUAUAUUCAGUCACCUAAUUGCCAUUAUUCAUAAAACAACCUUUGGCCUAUGCUGGAGAAAUGUAAGUUUACAAUAUUUGACAGAUAUACCAAGGAAAUGCAGUAUCUUCAAUUGAAAGGAAAUGUCUUGGAAUUUCUGAAACAAUGGAAAAGAGAAGCUCAAAAGUGAUUUUCCAGUAUCCUAAGUGAAAAUAAUUUUUAAUAUCCAGCUGUACCGGAAUGGGAAAACUUGAACAAUAAAUUGUGCUGCUGUGCUGUUUAUGAUGAACCAUAGGUAACUUGGAACAUGGGAAGCCCUUGCUGCAGCAUUUGAAGGAGAAUAUCCAUUUCAAAAAGAUACGAACUUUUACAUGUUUCUGUUAUGUCCCUAACCAGCUAUGAUUUUAUGGGCAGUGUUCCCUGGUCAUAGCUGUAUACCUGAUUCCUUAUACUAAAGUGUAAUUUUAAUGUCUUUUCUAAAUCAUUUGUACACAUGAGAUCAUUCCAUGGAUGGCUGCCUUAUUUUUAAUUUUUUCACUUUAAUUGUGAACUGUUUAAAUAUGUUUUUAUUAUAUUAAAAAUUAUUU